AAGUAGAAAAAACACCUGCUUUUGGUCAAUAACACGUUAUAGACUUGCAGUAAUAAAAUAAUAAAACCAUCAUCUAUAUCUUACAAAACACCGUCCUUUGAAUUCAACGCCCAAAAGCUAUCACUUGAUUUCAUUUCUGACUUUUACUUUAAAAACUACCACGUCCUCAAUUGUUAUCACCUCUCCAAUUUUCUUUGGGCAGUCUCAGCAGUUCAUUCUUUGGUGAAGCAUAUUUGAAGUGAUCUUCAAUGGGGGUUAUGUCGAAUGGGUUCAUGGAAGGUAGUCUUCCAGAGGAUUUAAUGAAAGUAUUGUUGUCGUUGGCAUCGAAUUGGGGGGACAAAUUCGAUGCAAAGGCAUUGCAAGUGGCGCAGUUGAGGGGUGCUAUGACUAAUGAGGUUUAUCAGAUAAGCUGGCCUAGAUCUACUAAUAUGGAAGCCGUUGCUCGGACUGUGUUGGUUCGGAUCUAUGGCGAAGGUGUUGAGAUUUUCUUUAACCGGGAUGAGGAAAUUCGGACCUUUGAGUGCUUGUCAAUGCAUGGACAGGGGCCUCGGCUUCUUGGCCGGUUCCCAAAGGGGCGAAUCGAGGAGUUCAUUCAUGCUAGGACACUGUCAGCUGGUGAUCUCCGUGACCUUAAAAUAUCUUCUCUUGUAGCGGCUAAGUUGAGGGAAUUUCAUCAUCUUGAUAUGCCCGGUCCAAAGAAUGUAGUCCUCUGGGACAAACUGAGAAGCUGGCUUGGUCGUGCAAAAAGCUUGUGCUCCAGUGAACAUGCUAAGGAAUUUUGCUUGGAUGUAUUAGAGGAGGAAAUCCGCGAAAUGGAAAAGGUUUUGCCACGGGACGAUCAAGAAAUUGGAUUCUGUCACAAUGACCUUCAAUACGGUAAUAUAAUGAUCGACGAAGAGACAAGAUCAAUGACUUUAAUUGAUUAUGAGUAUGCUAAUUACAAUCCUGUUGCUUAUGAUCUUGCUAAUCACUUCUGCGAAAUGGUAGCAAAUUAUCAUUCCGAGACACCUCAUUUAUUAGACUACAGUAGAUACCCAAGUCUGGAGGAGCGUCGAAGAUUUGUUCAUAUAUAUCUCAGCUCCGCAGGCAAUCGAAUCAGUGACACUGAAGUAGAGCUGCUUGUCGAUGAUGUAGAGAGAUACACUCUAGCAAACCAUUUUUUUUGGGGAUUAUGGGGAUUAAUAUCGGCAUAUGUGAACAAUAUUGAGUUCGAUUACAUUGACUACGCGAGGCAGAGGUUUCAGCAGUACUGGUUGAGAAAGCCCCAACUCUUGGGUACCUCAGGAGCUCCAUUGUGACAAUGUGAAACAUGGAAGUGCUUUGAUUCUCAUACUUAGUUUUCCUAUAUUUAUUUGAAUGAUGUAAAUGGUGCUGAUUAAAAUAGAUGUUAUAUUCGAAUUGAUGAGCAAUGUAUACACAUUUCAAGCCAUUUUGAUUGUACUGAAAUUCAAAAAGUGAAUUGUAUCUUCUAUACUUGUUAUGAACAAUGAGUUGUAUAUUCUGAUGGUUUGUUUUUCGAUC